AUGUUCCCUGGCAAAGAUGCCGCUAACUCGGCAUAUCCCACGCAGUGGGCCCUUAAUCCUACUGCAUAUCAAAACAUAGAUGCGAGCCAAGUAGAUUGGGCGGCACUGGCUCAGCAAUGGAUUGCAAUGAAAGACGCUGUAGCAAUCGUUGGAGCUCCUCCAGCGAAAAUAGAACCCGAAGGUGGCGAAGCACCCAUGGAAGUUGAAAACCCAAGUGAAGCUACAGGUCCACCCGGCGCCGAAUGGAAUGCCAGCACAAAUUCUUGGACGGGAAACUCUUGGAACCAGUGGGGUUGGAAUUGGCCUGGCUCUGGUCCAAUAGAUCCGAAGGUAGCAGUAGAUCCUGCAAUGGCUAUGGGCCCAAUCAUGGAAGGAUAUACUGUUCCUGAAAGCGCUGCUCCAAUGCCUGGAUACACAACCGGUACAGUGCCAACACCAACAUUUCAACAUGGCUACUGGACAGCACCUUCAUCAGAACAAGGUGAUAGAAUUAGAGGUAGAAGCAGCGAACGUCGAUCAAAGAGCAAGGGUCAUGAAACUAGGCCACCAAGAAGCAGGUCUCAUAGGGAUAAGCAAACCCUACCACCAAUAAUAGAGCCCGUCGCACCACCGGUACCACCUCCCACCACAUUGGAUGCCGCUAAGAGGAGACAGCUGCCGGGUUGGAUUCGAGAAGGUUUAGAAAAGAUGGAACGUGAGAAACAGAGGGCGAUAGAACGCGAACAAGAAGAAAAGGCCCGAGAGGAAGCGGAGGCCGAGCAGAAGAAAUUGGAGCUGGAGGCGCUUCAGAGAAUGAAGGCGGAAGGAGCACCCUUGAUUCCUGCUAAGAGCAAGUUUGAUUCAGAUUCGGAAGCCGAGGAAUCCGAAAAAGAAGAACUAAUUAAGCCAAAAGAAGAAAUAAUAGAAAUUAAGGAAGAGAUUGAACCAGAGAUGAAGAGGAGUAAAGAGGAGAUUAUGCAGGAAGUCAUGUUAGCAGUGCGUCGUUCGCUAACUGAAAUCCUGCUGGAGGUGACCGACCAGGAGAUCCAAACGGUGAGCCAGGAAGAGUUGGCCCGGUAUACCUCCGUUCAAGCGUCGCGCCUCAACACUAUGAAAGCGUCUCAAUCUAAGGCAUUCACCGCUAUUUCGUCUGGGCUCGGGCUUGGCGCGUACGAGAGCAGCAGCGACAGCAGCGGAGAUGAAGGAGAUGUCAAGGACGUCACUGAUCAUCAAUUGCAGGAGAUAAUAAGACGCAGGCGGUCGGAGUUCGAGCGGACGUCGCGCGAGAUCGAGGCGGAAGUGAGGCGCGCAGAGUUACGGGAAACGGGAGAGGCCACGCCCAGUGACACGCCCGACAAGCACAGGCGAACUCGCUCAUCAGUUACGCCACCGCCGAUAGACGGAAGUACGCCGGAAAAGAAACCGGAACGCCGUCUCUCUAGGGACAAAAGAUCUAACCACAAAUCAUCCGACAAAGUUGACGGUGUUAGGAAAUUGGAAACAAUAGAGGAAAAACAAAGGGAGGGAAAGCAUAGUAAAUCCGAUAAAACUCCGAGUCCACUGAAGAAUGCCAAAACCUCAUCUUCUAGCAAUUCCGACAGUUCCUCCUCAUCGAGCAACUCAUCAGACAGCGAACCCGAAAUUGUAGAAACUCGACCCAAGAAACGCAAGCGUAAAGGCUCAAGUUCGAGCGAGUCUCAGAAAAAGUCAAAGCGUCAUAAGAAAGAAAAACACAAAAAUGACAAAAGUCCAAAGCCGAAUGAAAAUAAGAAAGACAAACAUAAAAAAGACGAGAGACGAAAGGACUCCGAAGAGGAAAAACCAAAAAGGCGUUCAAAAAGAUCAACAUCCAUCAGUUCAGGAAAACGACGUUCCAGAGACAAGUCCGAGGAGAGAUCGUUCAGACGAGACAAGAAAUCUUACGACAGAGAUUCUAAACGGGACAGGUCUUACGACAAACACGAUAGAGAAUCUAAACGGGAUAGGUCUUACGAUAAAUCCGGGAGAGAUUACGAUAGGGACUCGAAACGGGAGAGAUCUCACGAUAGGUCCAGGGACUACGAGCGGAGCGAUAGGGAUUCCAAACGGGACAGGUCUUACGAUAAAUCUAGUCGGGGUUACGAGAGAAGCGAUUCGAAAAGGGAUAGAGAUAGGUCUCGCGACAGGCACGGCAGGGACUACGACAAGUACGAGAAGGAGGCGAGGCAUAGGGAUAAGUCGUAUGAUAGAUCCGGCCGGGAUUACGUUAAAAGCGAUAGGGAUAGGCGGGAUAGGUCUUAUGAUAAGUACGACCGUAGGGAUUACGAGAGGAGACGAUCGAGGAGUACCAGCCGUUACAGACAUCGGAGAUGA